GGGGAAAAUAUCAUAAAACCAGAUAAACCCCCCCCUCUCUUCCUUCCUCCCGCGCCCGCGCCUCCACCACUCGCUCUCUCCGCCUCCACCAUGCCCGCCUCCCUCCUUCCCCCGACCUUCCUCCCCCACCGCCUCCGUCGCCUCGCUUCCCCGGGCUGCGCCACGCCGGCCUCCUCCUCCUCCGCCUCUGCCUCCGCUCCCGCGAGCCGCUACGAUUUCGAGCCCCUCCUGGCGUACCUCUCCUCCCCCUCCGUGUCCGCCUCCCUCACGUCGCCGUCCCCACCGGUCUCCGUUCCGGUGCCAGAGCGCCGCCUCGCCGCGUCCUACUCCGCGGUCCCCUCGCACGAGUGGCACGCGCUGCUACGGGGCCUCGCCGCCAGCGAUGCGUCCCUGCCGCUCGCCUACGCGCUGCUCCCGUUCCUCCACCGCCACCGUCUCUGCUUCCCGCUCGACCUCCUCCUCUCCUCGCUCCUCCAUUCGCUCUCCGUGUCCGGCCGCCUGCUCCCGCACUCGCUGCUGCUCUCCUUCCCGCCGUCGCUCUCCUCGCCGCCCUCGCCGCUGCUGCUCAACUCCCUCCUCGCCGCCUCCGCCGCCGCGUCGCGCCCCGCCGUCGCGCUGCGGCUGCUCGCGCUGCUCCGAGAGCACGACUUCCUCCCGGACCUCGCCUCCUACUCGCACCUCCUCGCGUCGCUGCUCAAUACGCGGGACCCGCCGGACGCCGCGCUGCUCGAGCGCCUCCUCAGCGACCUCAGGGAGUCGCGGCUCGAGCCCGACGCGCCGCUCUUCUCCGACCUCAUAUCGGCCUUCGCGCGGGCGUCGCUCCCGGACGCGGCGCUCGAGCUGCUCGCUUCCGCGCAGGCUAUCGGGCUCACGCCGCGGUCCAACGCCGUCACCGCGCUCAUCUCCGCGCUUGGCGCGGCGGGGCGCGUCGCCGAGGCGGAGGCGCUCUUCCUCGAGUUCUUCCUUGCCGGGGAGAUCAAGCCGCGGACGCGCGGCUACAACGCGCUGCUUAAAGGGUAUGUGAGGAUUGGGUCGCUCAAAAAUGCCGAGCAGGUGCUCGAUGAAAUGUCACAAUGUGGAGUCGCGCCAGAUGAGGCCACAUACAGCUUGCUUGUGGACGCAUAUACAAGGGCUGGAAGGUGGGAGAGUGCGAGGAUACUGCUGAAGGAGAUGGAGGCCGAUGGAGUUAAACCAAGCUCAUACGUGUUCAGCCGGAUCCUUGCGGGGUUCCGUGAUAGGGGAGAUUGGCAGAAGGCGUUUGCAGUGCUCCGAGAGAUGCAUGCGAGUGGGGUGCGUCCAGACCGGCAUUUCUACAACAUCAUGAUUGAUACAUUUGGGAAGUACAACUGCCUUGGGCAUGCCAUGGAUGCAUUUGACCGAAUGCGAGAAGAAGGGAUUGAGCCGGAUGUUGUCACAUGGAAUACUCUCAUUGAUGCACAUUGUAAAGGAGGGCGGCACGACCGCGCCAUGAAGCUGUUUGAGGAGAUGCGUGAAAGCAACUGCCCACCAGGCACGACAACAUAUAACAUCAUGAUCAAUUUGCUUGGAGAGCAAGAGCGGUGGAAGGGGGUGGACACAAUGUUAUCAGAAAUGGAAGAGCAGGGUUUGGUACCGAAUAUUAUCACAUAUACUACACUCGUGGAUGUUUAUGGAAGGUCCGGUAGGUACAAGGAGGCAAUUGAUUGCAUUGAAGCGAUGAAAGCUGAUGGCCUGAAGCCAUCGCCUACUAUGUACCAUGCCUUAGUCAAUGCAUACGCUCAAAGGGGUUUAGCGGACCAUGCGUUAAAUGUGAUCAAGGCCAUGAAAGCAGAUGACCUAGAGGUUAGCACCGUAGUGUUGAAUUCCUUGAUUAAUGCUUUUGGUGAGGAUAGAAGGGUUGUCGAAGCCUUCUCUGUGCUGCAGUUUAUGAGGGAAAAUGGUUUGAGACCUGAUGUUAUAACAUACACAACGCUAAUGAAAGCAUUAAUACGCGUUGAGCAGUUUGAUAAGGUUCCUGUUAUAUACGAAGAAAUGAUCACUUCAGGAUGUGCCCCUGAUCGAAAAGCUAGAGCAAUGCUGCGGUCAGCUUUAAAAUACAUGAAGCACAUGAGGGUUGCAUAGGCAAUUUGAUACAAUUACUGAUAGAUGAUGCCUUAUGGGAUCAGAAUCUUUCUGCUGAUCUUAUUAAACUCCCAAUAGAAAGGUGAAGGUCCAUCUGCUGACCGCUACAUGCUGCUUUAAAGCAAAAUGACAUAAUCAUGCUAUCUUCAUCUGUCUUCCUAAUCGGUUAGGAGAAGACAGGAAUAUCUUCAUCAUUUGCACCAGAAGGGGGACUAAAUACAUGACACAAAGGAGAGAACUUGAUAUAGGAAACAAAUGCAAUGUCAGGACGUCAAAAUUUGAGUUGGAUGCCUGGAAUUGAUCUUGGUCUAUAAUUUCAAUUCCGAAAUUUGCUGAGACAAUGAAUUGUAACAUGGAAUUACAAUUCCAGCCAUUCCCAAAUUGUAUUUAGAUGUAGAUUUUUGCAGAGUUUGUGUAAGACAAUGCAAUGCAAAAGAAAUGUAUUACUCCCUCCAGUCAUGCAUACAUAUUGUUUUGGAUAA